AUGCCACACGUGGUCCUCCAUCACCCACUCCUCACGCCCUGCCUUUCUCACCUUCCAUCAUCAUCAUCAACAUCAAGCUUUCCAAUUCGAACCCAGAAAUCAACGGCCUGGAUUUCCCAAAGAAAUCAUGCGGGUCUGUUCCGCUGGCAUCCCACCACCACCAUAAGGUGCAUGGCUAACCCUCGCAGAGUUGCAAUGGUGGCUAAGCAGAUAAGGAGGGAGCUUUCUGAUAUGCUCUUAACUGAUAAUGUCUUGCAGUACGCUAUUCUUCCUGAGGUCGCUUUGGGUGCUGACCGUUAUCUCUCUUCUUUGACCACCAUUAGUGAUGUUGAAGUUUCUACUGACUUGCAGGUGGUUAAAGUAUAUGUUUCUGUUUUCGGCGAUGAAAGAGGAAAGGAGGUUGCCCUUGCGGGGCUAAAGUCAAAAGCCAAAUAUGUCCGCGGUGAAUUGGGAAAGCGUAUGAAGCUGCGGUUGACUCCUGAGAUACGCUUCAUAGAAGACGAGUCUUUAGAGAGAGGAAGCAGGGUUAUUGCAAUAUUAGAUAAGAUAAAGAAUGAAAAGAAAGAUCCCGACAUUCAAGAUGAGGAGCAAUUGGAAUCAUCCGAGGCACCUCAGGAUGACACAGAUUGGGAGGGCAUGGCUUUGCUUGGCAGCAGGCAAACACCAUACGUCACAAUGCUAACCGGACAGAAGAAACUCCUCGCAGUUGGAGCCAUCUUUUGA